AUGCAAAAAUACCAGUGUGAAAACCGUCCCUUCAAGGAGAGGAAAAGUUUUGCAACUCGGAUAAAUGAGACAACAGAAAUUCGGGGGAAGUAUCCCAAUAAAAUUCCGGUGGUAGUGGAACGUUACAGGAAGGAGAAGAUUCUUCCCCAGUUGGAUCGGAUCAAGUUUUUGGUUUCUCCAGAUAUAUCCAUGUCUCAGUUUAUUUUCACUCUGAGAACCCGGCUGUCCCUUACAGCUACCCAAGCCUUCUACUUACUCGUGAACAAUCAAACCCUACCCUGUCCUAGUCUGACUAUUUUAGAGAUCUACAAUGACAACAAGGAUGAAGAUGGCUUCCUCUACAUGACCUACGCCUCUCAAGAGAUGUUUGGUGCAGGAGCCUCUUUGGAACAGCAAUGA